AUGUGGAGUCAUAGACGAAAACGUGGAACAAGUGCUAAGACGGCAACACUACUCGACAUGCCGAGGGAACUGAUACUAGAAGUGGCGGCAUACGAUGAGCACAAGGAACGUGCCCUGUCAGUGCUCAGCCAACUAACGAGAGCAACCCACAUCAACUUGAACGGCUUUCUGUACGUUAACGCACCCUCGGUGGCAUUGGCGACUCUAUCGAAAAAAGUAGUGACAGGCCAGGAGUGGGGCGCUAAGCAUCCCGCGAUAUCAGUCAACGAGGUGUCAGUAGUUCUGGUGGAUCCAGAACAGUCACUCGUACAUACUGUCGCACAGGCAUUGGCGAACGUAGGCCACUACCGUAGGGAUCACCCAUUGCAAGGGUUCAGCUUCAUCAGCAACCUACAAACCGUGGUUGACGUCUUCCCUUCUUCAGUACCACUAGCGUUCCGCCACCUUCAGACACUUAAUCUCUGCACACCAGCCUCAGAACAUAGACAGAGGCAAGUGUCCAUACAAAUUCUGCAAAUGUGUUCGAAAACACUGAGGACAGUGCGACUAGAUUUACAGUCGUUGGGUAUGCCAGCAAAGUUGUUGGAUCAAAUGCAACGGGCUGCAACGAGGGUCCAGCAAUUAUCGAUUCGCAUUGGACGUAAACCCUUGCGUAGGGACAAGAGACCAUUGCAACGGCUAUUGGACAAUAACGGUUUUCAGUUCCAGGACUUGCGAGGGUUGUACAUCGACGACAGGAGUAACGUUGCGAACAUGAAGCAAUUCAUUCAACGGCAUGUCACCGUCACCAGACUGGAGUACAGGUCCAAUAGAAUGGGAGGAAGUGUUGUAUUAGACUUCAACGAGCUUCCCGCAUUACACCGUUUUUCAGGAUCGAUCGUGCACAAUCGCUUGUUGUUGGAAAGCAACAAUGAACAGAUCCAGACAAUGACGUUGAUAGAUGACGAAGUGGCAGAAUUUGAAUGGACAUUGUUCGUGAAUGCGUUGGCCAAAGUCCAAACUGUAACAACAUUGGAGCUUCAAACGCAAGGAGGGCAACCGUAUACACAGGUGUUGGAAGUAUUGAAUGCAGCACCGCAGCUUCAGACGCUCAAGUUUGUCCUGAGAGGAAUUUGGUAUCAGCCAAACCACGCUAAUGAAGAAGCUGUUGACAUUUUUGUUGAACUAUUGACACGAUUAGAGAACAUUCGAGAGAUAGUGGUGAUGGUAACUGGUCAUCCUGACGCGAUUUCCGAUGCAGUGGAUUAUGUGUUGACCAAAGUAGGAUUUCCAAGAAGAACACAGAUGAGGGUGACUGUUUACGACUCAACUGAAAGGAAAGCAAUAGCGAAGUGGGAUGGAGUGAUUUUAAGAGAUAAUGUCCGUUUGGAAGGAUUUCUGCAAUGUGGGGAAUAUUUAACGUUAAGGAGAUUGGUCAGGUAG